CAAACAGCCACCAAAGUAUAGAACAAAAGGUCAACCGUGUUUUUCUUGUAUUUUGUCCGUUACAAAAGAGUUAAUGUAAACUUAUAGAAUAGAUGAUUCCAGAUUAUCUUUCGGACAAUAGAAAACGAAAAUUCGGAGAGGAUCAGACUCCUUCUGGUGAAGUUACGUCGUCCGGUGCAGGAUUCAAUGCUCCUUAUACUACUAGUACUUCGCCAUUCGGCAUAUCGUCAGUAGGGUCUUCUCAUCAUCCUUAUGUUUCUGGGGCUAGCCCUCCGAAUAUUUCCCAGUCUCCUUACGUAUCCGCUGCUGCAAGUAGCCAUUACCAAACACCUAACUAUGGCCAGCAGUAUUAUUCCUAUGGUUCUUCCAACCCGUCGUUGGUUGGUGAACCAAACCCAAACUUGACUACUUCAUACGUGAUGCCAAAUGCUCAAAACUAUCCUUACGGGUUGAUGUCUUCCGCACCUCCGGCUGCUGCUUACAUGGGUGGUCUUCCUCCACAGCCUAUUCCCUCUUAUCCAGCUAAUACCUCUUAUGAUUAUAGAUCAAAUGUUUCUCAUAUGCCACCACUUACUGGAAUUUCUCCUGGAAUGUCGAAUGUUUCUUCUCGACUUCCCAGUAUCCAUUCUUUGCAACAACAGCAGUCUGCGUACUCUGGUUACAAUUCACCGUACCAUUCCAAUAAUGAUUAUGUUGGAAACGUUUCUGCUUUGUCAAAUGUCAAUACUGGAGGAUUGCUAAAUUCGUCGAAUCCUGUAAUGCCGGCCCUCGAUAACAAUGCACUUUAUAACUCUUCUGCAUCGACCACUCCUGGAACAAACGCACUUCCUAGCUAUACUCGGUCAAAACCUCGCUCUGCUAGUCAUCCUAGAUCAUCAUCUGUUCAACGUGCGUCUGCCACACCACCCGGUAAUACUCCUUCCUUCUCUUCUCCUUCCAUAAGUACUGAUGCAUCUGUUAAGGAUCCCAGAAAAAACCCUAAUUAUGCUAUGCAAUGCGUUCAGUGGAUCCGUUCAUUUGUUCCUCAAGCUGACAUUGGAACUACGAUCAAUGCUCUUGCUCAAAAUAACUGGGAAGAAACGGCUGCAUUGUCUGUAUUAUCCCGCCAGUUCCUGAAUUACGACGUAUCAGCUCAGUUGCAACAACAUCAAGCUUUUACUCAUGGCCUUCCCAAUAUUCCCAGUUUCAUACCAAAACAAGAGACCUCUAAUCGUACUGUACAAACUCAGAAACGUUCUAUUCGUGACAAGUACACCCAACCGUCAGGUGGAUCCCCCAUGGUACCUGCCGGGGAAACCACUCCAAUUCCCUCCUAUUCUCGAAAACCAGCAAAAAAACCCGUUGAAGAAGAUGAGUUCUACGAUUCUGGAGAAGAAUCGGACGUUGUUGUUCACAGAGACACUUCAGCUUUAGAGCGAACUGUUCUUAAUUUUAUCAAUGUAAGUUCUGCUAAAGAGAUAUCUGAUACAGCCAGUUGCCCGCUCGCUCACUCGAAAUUGCUUUUGGAACAUCGUCCCUUUAAUAAUCUUUAUGAGGCAUCUAUUAUAAAGCAUCCUGAUGACAUUCCCAGUAAACCCGGUAGGAGAGGUCGAAGAAGACCGAAAAUUCCCAUGGGUCAAAAGAUUGUCAAUGUUUGUAUGGAGACUAUGGAAGGAUAUUACGCUAUUGACAACCUUAUUGCUCGUUGCGAAGAUUUAGGUAAACGCAUUUCCGAUGGUAUGGCUUCCUGGGGUAUAAAAUUGAAAGAAGCUUCUGGUGAGUUGAACAUUGUUGAUAUGGAUUCCCUACACAAUGAUCCUUCUUUUAACGCUUCUAACUAUCCCGGAUUCAUAACUGAACAGCCUGCUAGCCUUGCUCCUGAUGUCAAGCUUAAGAGCUAUCAAAUGAUUGGUGUCAAUUGGAUGAACUUAUUGUAUAGAUUAGGUCUUUCUGGUAUCCUGGCGGAUGAAAUGGGCUUGGGUAAGACAUGUCAAGUUGUUGCUUUUUUUGCUUUGCUUCUUGAACAAGGCCGUACCGGUCCUCAUCUUGUAGUGGUACCCUCUUCUACUCUAGAAAAUUGGUUACGUGAGCUUGCUCGAUUUUGCCCUCGCCUCCGUGUAGAACCGUACUACGGAAGUCAACAAGAACGUGCCGAUAUUCGAGAGGCUAUUGAAGAAAACAACGUAACAUAUGACAUUUUGGUAACUACCUACCAGCUUGCUACUAGUAGCAAAGAGGAUCGCUCAUUUCUUAAGCACCAGAAUUUUGAUGUCUGUGUUUAUGAUGAAGGCCACUAUUUAAAAAAUCGCAUGUCCGAACGAUAUAAAAAUUUGAUGAAUUUAACUGCGAACUUUCGAUUACUCUUAACCGGUACUCCUUUGCAGAACAAUUUGAAAGAGUUGGUAUCCUUGCUAGCCUUUAUUCUUCCAAACAUGUUUGAUAGUGAUAUGGAAGACUUGGAUGUCAUUUUUAAAGCUAAGCCUACCGCUGAUGCUGACAUCGAACAAGCUUUGUUAUCUAAACAGAGGAUUAGUAGAGCUAAAACAAUGAUGACUCCUUUUGUAUUACGUCGACGUAAAGCACAAGUUCUGGGUGAUUUACCUCAGAAGAGUCAUUACAUUGAAUACUGUGAUUUGUCCGCUGAACAAGAAGCCAUAUAUAAUCGUUAUGCUGCUGUGCAGAAAUCCCAACAACUAAAACGUGAAGACAAACGGCCAAAGAAAGCAAAGAAAGAUGAAGGAAAUGAGGCUAACGACAAACCAGCGUCCGUUGGACAUACCCUUAUGCAAUUGCGAAAGGCAGCGAAUCAUGCUCUACUUUUUCGAGAAAACUAUGACGAAAAUAUCCUGCACAAAAUGGCUAAAGAUAUUAUGAAGGAAGAACAAUACAAGAAUGCAAAUGAGCAAUACAUUUUUGAAGAUAUGGAAAUUAUGUCCGACUUUGAGCUUCAUCGCCUGUGCCGUAAUUUCUCCACGUUGCAAUCAUACAUGCUAAAAAACGAGCCUUGGAUGGAUUCAGGAAAAAUAUUAAAACUGAAAAAGAUGAUACCUGAAAUGAAAGAGAAAGGAGAUCGUAUACUUCUUUUUAGUCAGUUUACGCAGAUGCUUGAUAUCCUAGAGCAAGUCUUGGAUACUUUGAAAAUUUCGUAUGUUCGCUUGGAUGGAUCUACACAGGUAGAAACCCGCCAAGACAUUAUUGAUCAAUUCCACAGAGAACCCGAUGUUACAGUAUUUUUGCUCUCUACUAGAGCCGGUGGUUUCGGUAUUAACCUAGCCUGUGCGAACGUGGUAAUUUUAUAUGAUUGUUCUUAUAACCCUUUUGAUGAUCUGCAAGCUGAAGAUCGCGCACAUCGUGUGGGCCAGAUGCGCGAUGUGAGAGUUAUAAGGCUAAUAACGAAAAAUACUGUUGAAGAGUAUAUACAAAGACUUGCCAAUACCAAGCUAGCUCUAGACAUGAGUCUUAGCUCUGAUGGUAAGGAUCGUGAAGAGCUAGGCGAACGUUUGGUUCAAGCUAUGUUUGACGAAGAAAAUCGCGAUAGUGAUGAAGAUACGAAAACUGAUGCUACUGAACAAACUGAACAUAAGGAGGAACCUAAAAAGGAAGAAUUCAAGAAAGAACCAGAAAACCUUAAGUUAGAACCGAAUGAUGACAAGGCUAAUGUAGAUACCCCAAGUCAAGAAAAGCCAUUAACUAAUGAAGAUAAAGUAAAACCCGAUGAGAAAAAGGAUGAGGACACUGUUGGGUCAGAGAAUCCAUCUGAUGGUGUCGCAGAGGCAGCUCAAGUCUCUUAUGGUAUAGAGGAGGGUAAAGAAAGUGAUGAUACUGCAUCUCUAGCAACGUCGGAGGAAAAACCAUCAGUAGCUGACCUGUCUUCGAAGACGAAUGAGGAAGGUCAUUCAAAGGAAGUUUAAGCAGGGCUUGUUACAAGAAAUGCGGUAGCUUGGGCCUUCUAUUAGGUUUAUCGUUAUCUUUGGACCUACGACACGCAGUGUUCCUUUGAAAAUGGAAAAUGAAUUUCUAGCUUUUUUUGGGUUUCUAUAUAAUUCAAUAUCGCUUUGUGCUGUAUUAUAAUAUCGUCCGAAUGGACGAUAGAAGAGAAACGCGCAUGCAGAACACUAGUUAUGCAAUUAUUACUAGAGGUUUAUUGCAGUGAAUGAGCUUGUUUUAUACUCUGGAAAGGCCGAAGGUGUUUUGUUUUGAACUUAGAAGAAUGUUGUUAUGAAGGGACAAAGAUUUUGUUUUCUAUUACGUUUACUUCAUAAUCAAAGGUUUUAGUUGAGAUACAAAAUUUACAAACCGAUAUAGUUAUGUUUGGAGCCCUUUCUUGUAUAUUAAUUUAGAAGUUUUUUAUAUGUAUAUAGAUUUAAUGAAAAUUGAUUCGGUUUCAUCGGAA